UAAUCAACCAAGUGACCGAGAUAUAUUGUAAAAACAAAAAAACCCAAAUCAGACGUUGGAAAGGCGGCCAAAGUUCAUUGACCAGCAUCAAUAACGCGCAAUUCUUCUUCAAAGGCCAAGGCAUAGUCCUUGCAAUUGCAUCGUGAAAAAAAGUUCCUAUACAAAAAAAUAUACAACCAAAAUACAUCAAAGAAAAAUGUCUGGUAAUACAGCAAAUUCAAAUUCAUUAAUUACAACUUUGAUUUGCAUAUCGAUUUAUUUGAUUUUAUUUAUAUCUUUAAAUAAAUCGAUUGCAUCAGCUAUUCCAAUAGUCGAUGAAUGUCCUGAACAUUCCACAUUCAAUCCAUGCAUGACUAGAUGUCCAGUAACUUGUUCCAAUUUUCACAGUGGUCCACCUGAAUGUUUAUCAAUUUGUCAGGUCGGUUGUGAAUGUCAACCAGGUUUCAUCAAGGUUACCAAGAAUCCAUGGGGACCUUGUGUCAAACAAUACGAAUGUCAACUUUAUACGUUAAACAGCUAUAACAACAAACAACAACAACAAAAAAGAAAUCGUCUUCCGAUACACAAUCCAAGACGAAAAAUUAGCCAAAUGAAUCGAUUACAACAAUUAAAUCGAACUCAAGCCAAUAUGUAAUUUUUUCAAAAAGAUUGACAAACACAUAAACACACAAAAAUAGCGAAUAGAAUUUUAAUCAUGUAAAAUAAAUUUCAUCUUUUAUUUUUAA